CUCCGCCCCUCAGCACCGCCCCCUCCUACGACCAGACUCGGGCUCUCUUGGCCCAGUCCGGGCCAGGGAGCCUCCAGGCGGAGAGGCUCCCGAGCCACGGCCUCCUCAUGGAGGAGCCGCUCUCACCCCCUCCAGAGCCCGGGCUGCUCCUGCCGCCGCUGCAGGGAAGCGGAGCCGCUGCUGUUCCGGAGCCUGGAGCCCGGCAACACCCGGGACACGAGACGGCGGCUCAGCGGUGCAGCGCCCGCCUGCUGCAGGCGGGUUACGAACCCGAGAGCAGCAUGGCGGACUACCUGAUCAGCGGCGGCACUGGCUACGUGCCGGAGGAUGGGCUUACCGCUCAGCAGCUCUUCGCCAACGCGGACGGCCUCACCUACAAUGACUUCCUGAUCCUUCCAGGAUUCAUAGACUUCAUAGCUGAUGAGGUGGACCUGACGUCAGCCCUGACCCGGAAGAUCACACUGAAGACACCACUGAUCUCCUCUCCCAUGGACACUGUGACAGAGGCUGAUAUGGCCAUUGCAAUGGCUCUCAUGGGAGGAAUUGGUUUCAUUCACCACAACUGUACCCCGGAGUUUCAGGCCAAUGAAGUGCGGAAGGUUAAGAAGUUUGAGCAAGGCUUUAUCACAGACCCUGUGGUCCUGAGCCCUUCGCAUACUGUGGGUGAUGUGCUGGAGGCCAAGAUACGACAUGGUUUCUCUGGCAUCCCCAUCACUGCUACAGGCACCAUGGGUAGCAAGUUGGUGGGCAUCGUCACCUCCCGAGACAUCGACUUCCUUGCUGAGAAGGACCACACCACCCUCCUCAGUGAGGUGAUGACGCCACGGAUCGAGCUGGUGGUGGCUCCAGCAGGUGUGACACUGAAAGAAGCAAAUGAGAUCCUGCAGCGCAGCAAGAAAGGGAAGCUGCCUAUUGUCAAUGAUCAUGAUGAGCUGGUGGCCAUCAUUGCACGCACGGACCUGAAGAAGAACCGAGACUACCCUCUGGCCUCCAAGGACUCCCACAAGCAGCUGUUGUGUGGGGCAGCUGUGGGUACCCGGGAGGAUGACAAAUACCGUCUGGACCUGCUCACCCAGGCGGGCGCUGAUGUCAUUGUUCUAGACUCAUCCCAGGGGAACUCGGUGUAUCAGAUCGCCAUGGUGCACUAUAUCAAGCAGAAGUACCCCCAUCUCCAGGUGAUUGGGGGGAAUGUGGUGACGGCAGCUCAGGCCAAGAACCUGAUUGACGCUGGUGUGGAUGGGCUUCGUGUGGGCAUGGGCUGUGGCUCCAUCUGCAUCACCCAGGAAGUUAUGGCGUGUGGCCGGCCUCAGGGUACUGCCGUCUACAAGGUGGCUGAGUAUGCCCGGCGCUUUGGGGUGCCGGUCAUAGCUGAUGGUGGCAUCCAGACUGUGGGACAUGUGGUCAAGGCCCUGGCACUUGGAGCCUCCACAGUGAUGAUGGGCUCUCUGCUGGCUGCCACCACGGAGGCCCCUGGUGAGUACUUCUUCUCAGAUGGGGUGAGGCUUAAGAAGUACCGGGGCAUGGGCUCGCUGGAUGCCAUGGAGAAGAGCAGCAGCAGCCAGAAGCGAUACUUCAGCGAGGGGGAUAAGGUGAAGAUCGCACAGGGUGUCUCAGGCUCCAUCCAGGAUAAAGGCUCCAUUCAGAAGUUCGUACCCUACCUCAUAGCAGGGAUCCAGCAUGGCUGCCAGGAUAUUGGGGCCCAAAGCCUGUCCGUCCUGCGAUCCAUGAUGUACUCAGGAGAGCUCAAGUUUGAGAAGCGGACCAUGUCAGCCCAGAUCGAGGGUGGUGUGCACGGCCUACACUCUUACGAGAAGCGGCUGUACUGAGGACAGCAGUGGAAGCCGAGGUGGUGGAGGAGGUGAACCCCAGGGUCCCACUCCAGGAACGGCCUCCCUCCAUAACUGAGCGACCCAUGGAUUUGCACUAAGGGUUCCAUAGCUCCUUCCAGGGAGAGAGGCGGGGAGUCCUGAGGGGCUAUGGCCCCUCUCUGGCCACCCCCACAGUCAGAUUACUCCCUGUGCCAGGCUGCCCUGGGAGUCCCUCUGGGCUCCCCCCUUCUUCAGCCCCCUGAGCCUAGCCAGCCUGGGCUCUCAGGCCCUGCGCCUGCCUCAGGUCUUUCUCGCUGCAGCCUGCUCCAGCCCAAUUCCCACCCCUGGGGAAGGUGGCCCCUCCUGGCUUCUCCUGUAGGGCACCUCCCUCCCACUGCCCCCCCCCCAAAAUGGUGCUCUCCUGACCCUGCCUCUGGCCCCUCCCCAGGCUGUUGUCCUCUCAGCCGUGUGACACUCUGGGUUCUGGACCUAGAUCAGGGGGAGGUCUCUGCCCCCUUCCUCUGGCCCAAGGCUACCCUAGGCCCUGUUCCUCAGCCCACUUUACCAUCCCUGAACCUAGGGAAGACCUGAUGUUGGUCACCUGCCCAUCAUUCCUGAUGCACCAUCAUCCCCAGGUGUACCAUCCCUGCCCUCUCUUCUCAGCUGCAGUUGAAGGCUUUAACUUUGCACACUUUGGGGUCACAAUUGUGUCAUUGUAUAUCAAAUAAUCUGAAUAAAUCAAGUAGAUAUCAAA